GUGGAUACUCAGGAGGUGGAGGUGGAGCCGAUAUCGUUGUAGGGUACGGAACCGCGCCGGCCCCCUCCUCCGGCUACUCAGCGCCGGCUGGUGGCGACUUCACAUCGCCGUCGGCCUCCUACGGCGCUCCGGUCAGCAUGUACAUUGUGCCGGCGCCCGAUCUCAGCCAGGGGCCUACCGGCGGAUACAGCGCCCCUAGCGGCCAACAGGGGAGUGUGGGGCAGUCCUACGGCGCUCCGUCUGCAGGCGUUGGUCAAUCCUACAGUGGCCCAUCCCAGUCGGCAGGGCAGUCCUAUGGCGCUCCGUCUGCAGGCGUUGGUCAAUCCUACAGUGGCCCAUCCCAGUCGGUAGGGCAGUCCUAUGGCGCUCCGUCCGCAGGCGUUGGUCAAUCCUACAGUGGUCCAUCCCAGUCGGUAGGGCAGUCCUAUGGCGCUCCGUCUGCAGGCGUUGGUCAAUCCUACAGUGGCCCAUCCCAGCCGAUUGGGCAGUCCUAUAGUGCUCCAGCGGUAGAUGUUGGUCAGUCUUAUAGUGCACCGUCUCAGUCAGCGGGACAAUCCUACAGCGCACCAUCCCAGCCAGCGGGACAAUCAUACAGCGCUCCAUCCCAGCCAGGGGGACAAUCCUACAGCGCACCAUCUCAACCGGUGGGACAGUCAUACAGCGCACCAUCCCAGCCAGCGGGACAAUCCUACAGCGCACCAUCUCAGCCGGUGGGACAAUCAUACAGCGCACCGUCCCAGUCAGCGGGACCGUCCUACAGCGCACCAUCCCAGCCAGCGGGACAAUCCUACAGCGCACCAUCCCAGCCAGCGGGACAAUCCUACAGCGCUCCAUCCCAGCCAGCGGGACAAUCAUACAGCGCUCCAUCCCAGCCAGGGGGACAAUCCUACAGCGCACCAUCCCAGCCAGCGGGACAAACCUACAGCGCACCAUCCCAAGCGAGUGAUUCUCUCAGCAAGCCGCAGCUGGUCGGUGUAGUCUACAGUGGAGCGACGUCGCCGGCGGCCAACAACUACGUGGACGUGGGAGGGGGCUCCGGGGCCGGCCCGGGUCAGGAGUACUCCGCGCCUCAGCCCCAGCCGGCGACGGGCCCUAGCCAGGACUACAGCGUGCCGCUACAGCAGCAGGUGGCGUUACUGGCGUCCAACCUUCCUACCGCGCUCGCCCAGAACGACUACGGACCGCCGUCAGAUGCCGUCAAAAUACAGGCUCCGAUCACCACGCAAAUCGACAACACUUUAGUGCGAAACACGUUACCGAACAUCGGCUUGGACGGAGCGCCACCUAUCGGGGAUGUUGGCGUCGCAACCUACCAGUGACGGCCGUAUCAAGUGCCGUGGCAUAAACUGGUACGUCGGGUGCAUUCUCCGUUAGAAAGUAUUCCGCCCGUACGGGCCACCUCAAGCAGCGCGGAGUCGCCACCGUCACCAUGGUUACCACGAGUGAUGCUGCCCGAAUCCGUCUCGAACAGUGUGGAGGCAAGAUUGUCGGCUCCGGCGCCAUGACUGCCAGUGAUUUUCGAGCGGAUUUGCCAGCAGAUGAUUGGCGGUCUGCUCUCGCGCGGUCGCAAAACAUGCCGAGGUUAUUAUUGCCGUGCGCGCGUGCCCGACAGUCAUUGCAUGCCGAUGAGACUGGAGAUGGUUUGUGUUUGCCAACCAUGUGUAUCGAACUUAUCGUGCUAAUAUUGAUUAGAAUGUUACCUGAUUUGUGAGGCAUGUGGGGAGCAGUGGGCUUUGUUUAUGAAUAUGUUGUUGAUGCCACCUCGAUUUGGAAAACACUUUCCUGAUAUGGAGCAUUGCAUCACAUCGCUGACGCAACCAGUAGUCUUGCUUUGAUUCACGUGAUUGCCUGUCUGUUUUUUUUUCUUGUCCUGAACUCAGAGUACCUCGUCAGAAUUUCAGACAUGCAAUCCAUGAAAAUAUGCUUUUUUAUUAUAAAUAUGUUAGGCUGUAUGACGGAAAAUUAAGCUGCCGUCACCAAUUACUUUACCAACCUGCUUAGGCAUGGAUUUUGUUUAGACGGCGCCAAAGUAGCAUUUUAAUUGCGACACAUAAAUCCUACAAAUUGUCCAGUCAUGUGGUGUCGGAGGCCCCUUUUACCUGCGGCGAAACGUGCGUUUCUCCAUUAAAGAUACACUUUAGGCCUUUAAGCCAACUAAAGCAGCAGCUUCAAAAGUAUGCUCCGAGCAGUUUUCAAAACCGUAGAUGACGUUGUUACGUCCGGUAUCAUUUAAUGCAUGCUCUGACCUCAAUACUAAACGCAUUUGCAACGUCGCUUUUGCUGUCACCAGUGGUGCAAUGUAGCCAUACAUGUCGAGGCCGCGUGCAUUUUUCCGUUUAUUUGUUGCAAUAGCUGCGCUCUGACUAAGUUAUAAACAUUAAUAGGUGUCCAAAAUAACUGUAUGUUGUUGAGAAUACUACGUCUGCUGGGAGCAACGCGUGGUGCCAAGAAUAAUGCGGUUGUAGAGAUGAUGGCGUAUUAUUGAAGCAUGCGUGCUUUCGAGACAAAUGUGUGCUGAAGUUGGUGCUCCUUGUGUCUUUGUGUUUGGAAAUGUGCUUGCUGGAAAUCCUCGCGAAAUACAGCUGCCGAAAGAGA